GCACUCAUCAACGUUACAUUAGCGAACCUUUUUCGGACGUACUCGCGUACUCAACCCUCCUCAGGCUAUCGUAGCAGAACCACAUCAACUCUUCUUGUCUUGGUAGGGCUGAAUAGUUCCAAAGUAGUAUCUUUGUGUCAUACGUGACCUAAGAAUGGAGUUAUGGGCAUGCGGAUUCAAUGCUUGGAAUCAAUUGCAAUUCGAGGGAGAUCUUCCUGACGAGCCUGAAGAUCUUUUUAACUUCAAACGGGUAUUAAAAGCGAAGGGAUGCAUUAAGAUUCUGGAAACUUCUUUCUCGGCUUGUUUAGCAGUAGUAUCGAAUGGUCCCUCAGGUCUCCAUGAAGAGAUAAAAGUUGCUGGCUCCCCAGAUGGCUUUUUGCAAGCACAACUAGAACAGGUUACUGCAAUGAAUAUCACGCAUAUCUCAGGAGAACGAACAGACUUAAGAAUAUCCGAAGAUGCUGUAAGUAAGGCAACUGCAGCUGGCAACGACAAGAUUGCAGCUUUCACACCAACAACGCUAAUCCAAUACCCCUCUCUUCCUGCAUUUCUCUCUCAAGCCAAUCCUGACUUUACAUUUCCCCUCUCUCACAUCACGCAACUCGUAUCCAACACCACCACCUUCACGGCCCUUACCCAAGAAGGAAACGUUUACACUUGGGGCGACGAACGCUACCCCUCAUGUCUCGGCCGCGAACCCACCUCUUCAAAUCCAGCUUCUCAGCCCACCCUUCUCACCUCCCUUAUCUCUCUCCCUACUGGAAAAAUCCACAAACUAUCUUCUUCCGGCCCCCUAACCGCCGCUCUUACCACGGGUCACGAUAUCUAUAUAUGGGGUCGUACCAACACUCCCUCUAUAAUUCCCGAACUCUCAGACUCCUCUUCAUUUUCAUCCUCGGACGAUUACGAUCCAAUUCCACUCGAUAUCCACGGAGCCGACAUUCUCGAUUUCAGCGUUGGCGAGAACCACAUGUUGGUACUGACGACGGAUGGAGAAUUGAAUGUCAUCGGAGAGAAUGGAAAUGGACAACUUGGGCUUGGAGAGGGGGAGAAAGGGAGAUGCGGGGAGUGGAGGUUGGUUGAUUUAGGGUUUGACGAAGGCAGUACGAAGAAAUGUGUAGGAGUGCGGGCAGGCUACAAGUGUAGCUUUGCACUUGUGGAGGACCUCUCUUCAUGAAACCAGUUUGUGGAUAUUUCACCUAACUUUAUAUUGAAGCUUGAACAGGAAUAGAUAGAAGAACAAUUCAAAGAGACCUCACA